AUGGUACCGGAUCCGGAUGUGAAGGCGGGCAGACGGCGAGGACAAUUCGUCUUCGGACACGGUGGUGGAGUGGUGGUUGCCUUUGUGAGUGUCGCCGUGGAUGGGGAGUGGAAGCGAUUGUUGUCGGUCUCAAUUGCGACCUCUUGUGGUCACCGUCGACUUGCGACUGACGGAGGACAGAAACGCAAGCGGACCACGGACUAA